AUGGUGUUAGCAGAAUUAGGGGGGUGCAUAUCUAAUGCUCUUCGGAAACUAAAUAAUUCAAGUGUGAUCGAUAAGAAGGAACUCGGUAAAUGCUUGAAUGAGAUCACUCAUGCUCUUCGCGAUGCUGAUGUUAACUUCGAGUUUAUCAAUCGCCACAUUAACAAUAUUAAGAACAAUAUCAAUUUUGAUCAUCUUUCUGAGGGUCUUAAUAAGCGCAAAAUUAUAGAACAGGCGGUAUUCAAUGAGUUAUGUAGUUUGUUGAAUUCGGAGAAGCCAUCUUUUACUCCGAGGAAAGGCAAACCAAGUAUUGUUAUGUUUGUUGGUCUGCAAGGGUCCGGAAAGACGACUACAUGUACAAAAUAUGCCCGUCAUCAUAAGAAAAAUGGUUGGAAUCCAGCUCUUAUUUGUGCUGAUACUUUUCGAGCCGGUGCUUUUGAUCAGUUGAAGCAAAACGCAACUAAGGCUAAAAUUCCCUUGUAUGGAAGUAAUGAUUAUGCAUUGACAAGUGGUGAAAUUGGUAACAGUUACACGGAAUUAGAUCCCGUGAAAGUUGCAGUUGAAGGUGUGGAAAGGUUGAAAAAGGAAGUUUAUGAUCUGAUUAUAAUUGAUACAAGUGGACGACACAAACAAGAGGCUUCUCUAUUCGAAGAAAUGCGUCAGCUUGAACAGGCAACGAAACCAGAUGUAGUGAUAUUUGUCAUGGAUAGUAGCAUUGGUCAAUCUGCAUUUGACCAAGCACAAGCCUUUAAGCAAAGUGUUGAUGUAGGAGCCGUGAUUAUUACUAAACUGGAUGGUCACGCUAAGGGAGGUGGUGCUCUUAGUGCCGUGGCUGCCACCGACAGUCCUGUCAUAUUCAUCGGGACAGGGGAACACAUGGAUGACUUUGAGGAGUUCAACACCCAAUCAUUUGUUUUACGCCUUUUAGGUAUGAGUGACUUGCCAGGGUUUAUGAAAAAGAUAAAUGGAGUGGUUAUUAGCAAGGAUGAGAAAUCGAAGCAGGCUCAAGAUUUAUCCAAGGGGAAGUUUACAUUUAGAAUGAUGUAUGAGCAGUUGCAGAAUAUCCUCAACAUGGGUCCUAUGUCUCCGCUUUUAUCAAUGCUUCCUGGAUUCAAAUCUGAUUUCAUGCCCAAAACUAAAGAAAAGGAUGCCCAGGCUAAGAUUAAGCGCUAUAUGACCAUUUUGGAUUCAAUGACAAAUAAAGAGUUAGAUUGUAAAAAGGAUAUGUGCAAGUCACGAAUCAUGCGGGUUGCACGUGGAGUUGGGCUUCAAGUUAAAGAAGUUACGAAGUUACUGGAAGAGUACAAACGCCUUGCUAAGAUGUUUAGCAAAGUCAAAACUCUUAACACUCCGCAUAUGUUGAAGCGGAUGGGUGGUUUACAAGGCUUGAUGAAAACUUUACAAACUUAGUUUAUAUUCGAGUAAAUUGAUACACUAGUAUAUGAACUAUCAUUCUCUAAUUAAGUUUUUUUUUUUUUUUUUUGGCAAUAACCAUUACUAUUGUUGGUAUUUUAUGAAUUACCAUCGAGUAUAAUUUUUAGGAUUGUUUUGGAAAUGAUUUUCAAGACUUUGUAGUGUAAAUCUAUUACAUUUUGAUCCAUCUAGUUACUUUGGUUUGUGAUUCAUAAGGAAAAUACACGCGCGUAAUUGUAAGUACUAACAAUAUUAGUAUUAUAGGCCUUAAUUGUAAGUAAUACAAGUAGUAUUAUUAUAGUAUCAUAAAGGGUCUUAAUUGUAUGUAACAAGAUCUAAAGAGUUAGGUCAACCCGCUCAGAUGAGAACAUUAAACAAUACAUAAUAAUAAACAACAAAAGUUCUCAAAAAAAAAAAAAAAAAAAAAA